AUGUAUGUUUAUAUCCCAACCACGCAGCUCAAACCCGCACCUAUUAUUUUGGCUAUCCACUACUGCAGCGGAACCGCCCAAAGGUACUUCGCUGGGAGCAACUAUGCAAGUCUUGCAGACACACACGGCUUCAUCGUCAUCUACCCAAACUCGCCUUCAUCUGGAGGCUGCUGGGAUGUCGCAUCGACUGCCUCCCUGACCCACGGCGGGGGCGGCGACAGCCAAACCAUCAUCAACAUGGUCGAUUACGCAGUCAAGAACUAUGGAGGAGACGCAGCCAGAGUCUAUGCUACUGGAUCCAGCUCGGGAGCCAUGAUGACCAACGUGCUUGCAGGCGCCUACCCAGACGUCAUCAAGGCCGGUUCAGUCUACUCCGGUGUUCCUGACGGAUGUUUCUUCGUCCCGGGUGCCACGGCCGGCAUGGCUACUCCUGGAUGGAACGGCGCAUGUUCCAGUGGAACCAACAUCAAGACUGCCCAGGCGUGGGGCGAUCUCGUCCGAAGCUACUACCCUGGCUUCAAAGGCAUGUAUCCUAAGAUGCAAAUCUUCCACGGCACAGCAGACACCACCCUCGACUACCCCAAUCUCGCCGAGCAGCUGAAGGAGUGGUCCAACGUCCUCGGCCUCACUUUCACCAAGAACGUCACCAACACCCCACAGCCAGCUUACACACAAAUCGUCUAUGGCGAUGGAUCCAAAUUGGUGGGGUACUCGGCCCAGGGAGUUGGGCAUACGGUUCCGAUUCAUGAGUCGAUGGAUCUUGCUUGGUUCGGAAUUGCAUAA